AUGCCAGCGGUGUUUAUGUGGAAUUGGAGAAGGGAUGUCAGGAGUGGAAUGGAACAAUCACAACCUCCGCAAAUUUGUGAUAGCAUCAUGAAUGUGACUAUUGUUAAUACUCCUGAUAAAUGGAUUUGGGAUUGCAAUCAAGAUAAGGACUUCACGGUUAAAGGUGUUAGAAACCAUAUUGAUAAUACUUGGUUGCCUAGACACUACAGAGCUACAAGGUGGAAUAAAAUUGUUCUUCGUAAGGUAAACAUCUUUAUCUGGAGAGUGUUGAAGGAUAGGAUUCCUACUAGAUUCAAUCUUUGGUUCAGAGGGAUUCAUAAUAAUUCUCGUGUAUGCUCUUGUUGCAACAAUGGUAUUGAGACUCUUCACCAUUUGUUUGCUCACUGUCCUAUGGCAAUGAAAGUAUGGAGCAAAAUUGCGAGAUGGUUGGGUUUAAAUAUCCCCCACAACUUGGAUAUGAUUGAGUUAUUGGAUCACGUAGACUCUGAAACAUUCCCCAAAAAUUAA